AUGACAACACGACCGCGCACUCAGCGCAGCAAAACUGACUUCCUCGCCAGCACACCAGCCACGGAGAGAACCAUUGAGCCCAACUCGUUACCACAACGUGAUGGCGCGCCGCAGCCUUCGGGCAUAACUGGCAACCCUACAGCCAAUAAGGAUGUAGAGGCGUCCGCGGCUCCGCGUGGCGUUUUUCAGGCGAUGGAGCAAUUAGGGCGGGCGGCGCCCUACGUCAUUGGACGGGGUCACGACCCCGCGGCGACGCGAUUGGCUGACACGGCCCACCUAUGUAUCGACCUUUGGCCCAGCUCGCUCUUAAUGCGCGUCGAGGAGCGCCAAGCGACUCAAUGGAAGACUCAGAGCUCAUACAAGCUAGAGACUAGCAACGCCUAUCGAAGGCUUCAACGG